CAUAUCCGUACUGGGGAGUGUUUCUCGGUCAAACAACAAAAACAUGUCUGAGUGUGACAGGCUGAACCGUUAGUUGGUAGCUUUCAGACAUCCGCUGUCACUGCUGCUGGUCGUCGAUCCGACCGAUUGCUUUAUGGUUCCUGUCGUGUUCACGGCAGAUAACCCAGAGAGAUGCCACAGAAAGCACUGGGAUCCAUUGUAGGUCUUCUUUGUACCGGGACCUGUCUGGUGCAGGGAAAAGAGUUCUGUUCGGGGGUAAAUAAUGAACAGUACCGCUGUGAGAUGGGUUACUGCUGUGGGGAGACAGAAUGCUGCACGUACUACUACGAACUGUGGUGGUUCUGGUUGGUAUGGACGCUAAUCAUAAUGCUCAGUUGCUGUUGUGCCUACCGACACCGGAGAGUUAAAAUGCGUCUGCAACAGGAGCAACGGCAACGUGAGAUCAGCUUAAUGGCCUAUCAGGGCGCUUCCAGCUCCUUCAUUACACCGCCACCUCUCAAUUUAAGGUUCUGGAAUGACUGCAAGCUUCCUGACUACGAAGAAGUCGUGGGCCACCCCCCGACCCCUCCUCCCCCGUACUCCGAAAACCCUCCCGAGUCAGCUCCGGCGGCCGCCCCUCAAAUAGGCCAGACGGUUUCUGUCUCCGUGCCACGAAUGUUCCCUGACGCAGAGCCAGCGGCGUACCGUCAGGCAUCGGGCGUCUCGUCAGACGAGGGGGCAAUGUCACGAGCUGACCAACCACAGAGCCGGGGAGAGGAGAGCGUAGAUGUUUUGCUGUCUGGGGCGGCGGCGGCAGCAGCGGAGGAGGGGGAAGAUGAGGAGGACGACGAGCUCGUAACCCGACGCCGGCACGUGACCGGCGACUCGGGGAUCGAGGUGUGCGUUUGCCAGCUGGACGUGGACGAGGGCUCGGGGCCGGAGGAGGAAAGCGACGAGGAAAACCGGAUGUGCAAAGGCGCCGGCAGGGACUGCUGCUCCGGACGCCCGCAGGAGACCUUCAGGCAGAAGGAGUGCGCCUCGGAGCUGCCCGGCCAGUCCGCCAACACCAGCACUGGAGACCACAUGGUGUGAUCCACAGCAUCAACAACCAGCAAACUAAUGCAGCUUCCAGCUUCACAAAGGGCCAUAACUAUUGCCAUCGUCAUUGGCACGGGGGGAAAUGGCUACGCUUUUAUUUCCCUGAACUAUUUGCGAAAUGAUGAUGUUAACUAAUCAGUUCUGGCUUUUGUUUAGGAUUGAUACAAUAACGAUGUGGGCAAGGCACAGCUUAUUUCCUAUGCUUCCAGCAAAUGUUCUGCUUCUCUGUCGGGUAUAUUUCUACCUUCUGUUCAGCGUGAGAACGUCACUGAGUGGUGAAAAAGAAAGGAAGCGGCCAUUUUGGACUGAAGGCAGAAGUGACCGUUUCUCUCGCCGUCUCUUGCAGCGCUGCUUUGCCGUUUCUGUUCCAAAGCCCUCAUAGGUCAGAACAUUUCCACCCUGGCCUCCCAACUGAGGUUUGAAGCAUGCCACAAAACAUGACAAAGCGCCGCUUCUCAGGUCUCCCCCAAGACUUGAGCACGUUUGAAGGAAGAACAAACAUUUUCAGCAAUCAGCUAGAUCUUGCAAAAAUUAGAAUCAGAUUAUGUUGGGUUUUUUUUUUGUUUGUUUGUUUUUUUCCUUCCCAAAGCCGUUUAAUGCGUUUAAGUACUGAGUGCUUGCUGUGAAAUCUAGGCCACAGCUGCACAGUGAUGUCAUCUCUGAGGUCAUGGCCGCCCCUGUUGGGGCGGAGGGAGGGGCUGAAAACACUUGAGCGGAGAAGAAAUCCGCUUCUUGUGUUUUAAAUGUCACCCUGUUUUUUUUUUGUUUUUUUUUUUUGAUAUCAUAAUGUUGUCACCAGGGCUGCUUGGUAUCUAAUUAGAAUGAUGAAAGUGGUGCUCAGCAUUGUAGUGAUUUAUCGAUUGUAUGCAUGUAUGCAUGUGAUCUUCCCCUACUUCAGUUGCUAGCUGCAGUAAAUCCCUUGUACAACAUCGGCAGGUCUUUAGUCAAAAAAAGGUCUUGAGGGGAGAUCUAUGUUUAUUUAACUUAUCGCUGAGGGAAUUUUUAUCACUCGGCAUGUUGUUGUUUUUUUUUAUGUCAAUAUUAAAGGAUGUAGUUGCUCUUUGCUUUUUCAUCACAUAACCAGCUCUGCUUUAGUAAAUGCUACAGGUGUCAUUAUUCCCUGCAGUGGAUUUCCUGGAUGCGGUUGUGUACGGCUGACAGUGCAGUGACGAAAUUAUGAGUUAUGCUUUCGAGAUCGGUGAGGUAAAAAUUCAAAGCACUGAUUUUGAUGUUUUUUUUUUGUUUUGUUUUUUUCUUUUUGCACGAGGCAUGACUUGGUGUUUUAUAUUCGAGUGAAUUAGCAUAUUCCGUCAUUUUUAAUACUUGCUCUGCUCAUCACUUCCGACUGUCUUACCCUGCGGUGGGUGAGGAACUCAGUUUAAAUAUUUUUAGGGAUUAAGCGGUGGAUUGAUUCCUUUUUCAAUGUCUUGAUGUAGUUUUCUUGAUGAUUGCUAACUAGGUAGCUGGUGCUGUCGUGGGUUUCUGUUCUUUCUAUAGCUGCUGUCCAUGUGAGGGAUUUGCGGUGGCAUUUUUCCACGGGCAGCAGAGGGCCAGUACAUUAGCAAGCUGAGAUGGUUGCAAGCUCUGCUCGACAGUCGAUUUGGUCUUGGCACGACCGCAGAAAUGCUUGCAAUGGACUGCAUGUUCCGCACCGAUGCAUGCGGCUUGUUUUCCCGAACUGUAGUUUGUCCGCUUGGAAUAUUAACACAAAAAAAAAAAAACAUGCGACAGAUGGGGAAAGCCGCGGCAUAAUGAAGUUCCUACUUGGACAUUCUUCAAGUUAUUGUCAGGAAAUAAACCUUAAAAGAAUGAAGUUUGGGAAAAAGAAAAAAAAGAUCAAGCUUUUUAUACAUCGGCUCUGAUUGUGUGUAAAAACUCAGGUCAUCUGACAGCAUAAGUGCACGCAUGCACCCACAAUGCAAUGCUCUAAAGCUGCUUCUUUGGCAAUAUCAGUGGCUUGAAUAUUCCAACCAGGCAUGGGCAGCUAGGAGAUUACGAGGAUGUGAAAUAUAACGUUUUAAGAAUAUUUACACACACAAAAAAAACACCUGCUAAAUUUAGAAGUGAAAAAGCAUAGCAGCUCUUUCCUUAUCAACUGAAAAGCAGUGUGCAGCAACAAGUGGGGGAGGGGUUUUAAUUGAUCACAAUACGCUUGGAAAAGCUGGACAAAACUUGAGCCUUGAUCCCGAUAGCUGGUCCAUGCCUAUUUGUAUUUAAAAAAAAAAAUGGGUUCAGUGCCUGAAUCAGACGACACCAGUCCGACUUUUGUACAAGAAGUUUACACCAUGGCUUUAUAAAGAGGAGGAACUCAAAACACUUCAGUGUUGCUUGAGAAAAAAAGUUCUCUUCUUAUUAGUUCGACACAAAACACAUAAAGUCAUUUUGUUUGUGCACAUCAGAAUGAAAAUGUUUCCUCUCUUCACCGGCCUGCAGCAGCUUUUUUUUUUUUUCUCUAGGUUGUGGUUGGUUAGGUUAGAGUGCUGCUGCGGCUAGAAUGUAGCAGAGGAACACGGCAGAACGUGUCGGGACAGAACGAUGCGCACAACGCACCGCGGGCUGAAACUAUCGAAAUGUCCCCGGUCUUUUUGUUGCGAUAGUGCUGCGUCACCUAACAGGUGCUUGAACAUGAAGCCAUUCUGACAUGACCUUUGCAGAGGAGCGGUUGCAAUGUGAGCAUGCCUGCACACCCCUAAGCCGAUUUCAUAAACCGUGUUUUUUUUUUUUUGUUUUUUUUUUUUUCUUGACAGCAUACCUUAAGCUGCCUUGUUGCAAUUCUAUAGAGCCGAUGUCUUGAUUAGAGCUGCACAGAUAAUAUAUAUAACCUCUGUAUGUGGAAACUGGUGUAAUACUGCCUUAUUAGAGUAGAUGUAGUCGUCUUUUUUUAUUUUAUUUUUUAUAAAUCGUAAUAUUUGUGCAAGCAUGGUUGUAUUAGAGCGCAAAGGAGCACUGUUGUGUCAGUAGAAAGUAGCAUUUAAUCUCGUUCUGGAAACGUUCGCAGGCUCUGUGCUUAGAGGAUGUGGCGUACAUUUAAAAGCCACCGAACUGAAGUGGUUUUGUUGCUGAGAAGUGGUUGUUGAAUUAAAAAAAAUACUGUGUGUAAUUAUAGCUGUGGCACUGAUGAGAUGUGUUCAGACCAGAUUUAUUGUGCUCAGUUUUGUUUUUUGCUUCUCUGUGCUUUAGAUUGAAGCACGAGGAAGCAAGAUUGUUGCUGUUACUGUUUUAUUUUUUUCAAAAAAAUUUUUGGGGAAAAAGCUCACCGUUGUUCACAGUGUGCCUUGCAAAAAUAUUCACACCUGCUGAAGUUUUCCAUCCUAUUUCAUCCAACCACCACAAAUUGCAUUGUGGUACUUUAUAUCACAGACCAAUACGAAAUUGUGCAUAAUCCGAAGGACAAACAUGUAUGGGUAUCUAAUAGAGAUUUUUUUUUCACAGAUUCUUUACGGAUUAAGUAGUGAUUUUUUCUGUCCAGACUUUAACUGGACCAUUCUGUCACAUGAAUAUGCUGUGACGUAAAACCAUUCCACCGGAGCUCUCGCCGUAUCUUUAGUGUCGUCUUGCUGGAAGGUGAAUUUCCCCCAGUCCAAAGUUUUUGUUUGUUUGUUUGUUUUUUGUACACUUUUUAACAGAUUUUUCCCCAACUCUGAACUGCCUCUCUGGUCCAAAGCAUCCCCACACUAUGACCCUGCCACCACCUUGUUUUGCAGUGGGAACGGCACGUUCAGAUCACUGCGUCGUGUUUGUUUUCCACCAUUCUGGUCCCACCGGACCAGAACCUCUCCUUCCACAUGUCCGCUGCGUCUCCUGCACGGCUGGCUCCUCAUAGAACCAGAUUCUGAGGCCUUUCAUGAAAUUAUACUCAGGUUGACUCUGUUUACAAAAUGAUGUGAUUUCAGAAGGUCAAUGGUUGCACCUUUUAUUAGAGGUAUCAGAGAAAAUGCAUGUGGAUACCUCACAGUUUUCAAAUCUUUUGUUUGUAAAAAAUAUAUAUAAUUUUGAAGUCCUCCUUUCACUUCACAGUUAUGCACUACUUUGUGUUGGUCUGUCAUAAAGCAUAAGGUACCUUGAGGUUUGUGGUUGCUAUGUGACAAAACGUGGAAAGCUUCAAGAGCUAUGGAUACAAGGCAUGUUGUACAUGUACAUAUUUAAUACCAGUUACAGCAGUGGAGGGCAGUGAGGUUAGGGGCUCUUUUGUAAAUCCCUCCUUGAUUUUUACACAUUUCCUGAGACUAAGGGCUAAAUAUUAAUCGUAAAUUGUCAUCAGACAUACGCUCUACUGAGCGAUUACUCGGUUUUGUUCAUUUAUUUUUUAUUUUUUCAAACCACAGUUACAAUGAUCCACUAUCUGAACACAGAUGCGCAAAGUGAACUUUGGUCAUUUUCUAAUGUGGUGGAGCUCAUAUUUAUAUAUUAACCUGUUGUAUAUGAACUUGUGUGUGUGUGUGUGCUUGUUCUUUAUUUUAGGCUUUGUCCUUGCCUUCUUUUGUCAACCUUAACAGAGGUGCGUGAUGGUCUCUCCUCACAUGUCAUGUUCACACUGAAAACACACGUAACGGUCUGCAUGCGUGGAUGUGUGGAGCGUCACCGGUGGACUGUGACUCCACCCUCAAAAACUGCAUUUGUUUGUUUGCCUCCGUUUGAGUUACCUUCCCAACAAAAAAAAAAGGGGCACAUCCACCCACGCAAAUCUGCAAAAGGCCUUCGUCAUUUCCACGCUUCGCAUUUCGUCCACUGGUCGCGCCCAUGAAGUCGCCCCGACCGUGGUCUGUUCGGUUUCACUCUCAGGGUUAUUAUCGUGGAAAAAGCAGAGCGACAACAGAUUUCAGAUCACCGUCUCUCAAAAAAGCCAAAGGAAACGUUUCAUGAUUGUCACGUGUUUUGAUGUUCGCUCCCCCCCUCCCCCGUCCUCCUGCAUCACGCAUCUCUGUGAACUUUACUCAACUAGGCUAUGCAAAAAAAAAACAUAAACCUUCUGUUAUAUGCUGCGACCCCCUUUCUCCGUCAGAUGUCUAUGGGCACCAGUACGAGCAAUAUGACUGUCAGCACUCGUGGCACUGCGCUGUACUGUAAUUGAUCAGUCUAUGUGUAUGUAUUUUAAAAAUAAUGUACUUGUAAUGCUACUAUAAUGUCACGGUAACUCUGUAAGCUUCUGUGUGCUGAGGGGUUUUAGUUAAAAGGCGUAUGUUUCGUACCUUUUUUAUUUUUUUUAGGCCGUUUUCUGUAUCUGCUGCCCAAUAACUUUCCACUCUUGACUCAUGGAUAAACUCUGGAUAAACCACAUGUCAAAGCUGCGCAUGCUCAAAGAGAAAUGUUGAAAAUGUUCUUUUUGCUGCUGCCGUUCAGAGCAGCUUUCUUCUCGUUUUUCCGUCUUUAUGAACUUACAGAGAAUAUUUAACCGUUGCCUUUAAUCCUCUCAAUACAGCACCAUGAUUUUUCUAUUGUAUACACAUGAAAGACCUCACCAUGGAACACAGUUGGCUUACAUUAAACCAGCAGAUUUUAGGCUAAAGGGCCAUUCAAAAUGAGUCAACAUUUAGCCGAAAGAAACAUCAUCUCGGUUGUCAGUGGGACUUUUUCUACAAAAUCUACAAAUUAUGUUUUUUUCUCCUUCUUCUAAACCAUAGGUAAUACCAAACACAAGGAGGUGCUGUGGUUAGGAUGGGUUUUUUUUUUCUGUUUUUGCCAAAAAUGAGAAACAUGUAAAUCUGAAAGGGAAGCAGCCAUCUACGGAAAAUCCACUCUUUCUACAUUGUUGUUCUGGUAACUUUUAAAGAAGCCAAAUUGAGUAAAGUGGAAUACAAGAAAAAGAAAAAAAAAAAGAGCAAUGACUGACAGAUGAAAUUGCUUUGGUUUUUGGUUAAAAGUCUACUGUGUACUGUCUGGGUCAUCGUUUGUAUUUUAUUUUUUUAAUAAAACAAACAUUGGCGCUCUGC